UCAGAAUGAAUAAAAUACUGGCAAUUGUCACAAGUAAAUCGCUGUGUUCAAAUUGUGUCUCUUCCCCUUUAAUUAACUGACCAUCACAAUUGUCCAGCUAAAUCUCUGUGAUUAAUAGUUAAUCUUCACUAAACCUACUGAUUGACUGUUUCUUUUGUUUUCUGUGACAAUUAACACCAAUGAAACGUUGAUUAAUUUGUUACAACUAUUAUAAUUUAAGUUAUUACAACUUUAAAUUGUUUACAUCGUUCUCAAGUUGAUUUAAUUUACUAAUUGUAUCUUAAUCCAUCUCUUACUCUCUCUCUCUCUCUCUCUCUACCUCUGUGUUGAGUGAAUUAAUUGUUGACAAGAUAAUUGAUUUUGUUCGCGAUUAUGAUUCUUGUGUUAAUUGUUUACUUGUUUCGUUGAUUUAAUUUAUUGAAUGGAUUAUGAUCAUUGUAUUACCGGAUUUAUUAUAUCAAUUAUAUUCAUAAAAACAUCAUUUUUAAUGAUCAACUCAUUUUAAUUAUUCUCAUCAUUAUCAUCAUCAUUACGUGACUUACAUCAUUAUCAUUAAUCAAGAUGAAAUGUUUACCAUGAUUGUAAUAAUCAAGAAAACAAUUGUUCAUCUUUAUCCAAUGGGAUUAUUAUAAUAAGAAACCUAAAUUGUUUUUACUUAAUCAUCAUCAUCAUAAUCAUAAUCAUCAGUGAGGAUCAUUAAAAACAUCAAAUUGUCUUCCAACAAUUAACAACGUGUUCCGUUGAUUAAUUAAUCAAUUAACAAUUACCAAUGACCAAGAACAGUAAGGCAAUCAAAUGUACCAAAAGCAAUUGCUGUUGUGAAUGUUUCUCUCCAGGCAAAGGAACCUCAUUCAGGGAAUGCUCAUCAUGUGAUCAUCCUUGGAUCUAUCAUGCUUUGGACAAACUUGGAUCAAUAAACAACACUGAAGAUGAGGCCAUUUUAACGGUCGAUAUAGCGAUUAACACGGCAUUUGACAUUACAUCGUUAGUCUUGUUUGGUACUACAGCACUUCCGGUACGAUUAAAGAUACUCUUGGAUAAAAUGUUCAGCAGUUUAUCACCUAAAGAUAUAAUCAGAAUCCUCACAUCAUUUGGCUGGUCCUAUGAAGAUUAUAAUCGAGCCUACAAACUUGAGGAUUCGGAUGGUAAACAUUUAUCUAAAUGGACAAUGGUCAGUCCCGAAGAAGAGAUUUUAGUUCUUCAACAAUUUCUUCGUUACAAUCAGACCAAAAGUUUUGCUCAUCAUUUUCUUCUUAACGAUCGAUUUCCUUGGAACGAUCUGAUGACCGUUGCAGCGGCCGCAACUGCUGCUGCCGCCGCCGCUUCAUCUGCACCUUCAAACACGACACCAUCUUUGACCUCAUCUUUAUCUUCAUCAUCUCUAACUAGUGCAACAACAACUUCGACAACAACAACCUCUUCCUCAGUGUCACCUUUAGAUCUUUUAUCCACCAGUGGAUUAAAUCUCGGCCCUGGAAACGGGAAAUCGAUCGACAGUGAAAUCCGUCGAUUUAUCGAGAAAACCUCUCGAUCCAGAUUAUCAACAAACACCUCGAGCAAUAACAAUAGUAUUAAUAGUAACAACAACAAUUUACUUCGAUCAUCACCAUCACCAAAUUAUCCCGUUGAUUGUAAAAGUCCAUCAGCUCUUCCACUUAGUUUAACUGCAAUGGGACGAUCGUCGAUUAUGUCACCAGAUGAUCGUCAUCAUCAACAAAAUCAUUCGACCUCAUCUCUAAAUAGAUCAUCAACUAAUUCAGAUCGAAGUGGACAUCAUCAUCGUCCGAAUGACCAUCAAAGUCCAUUGGUAUUAACGACGGGUAAUGCUCCAUCUCCAUUGAAUCGUUAUCAAUCAUCUUCGUCUUCAUCAACAACAACAACUUCAUCAGUUGUUGCGACCUCAUCUUCCUCCACAACCUCAUCAUCAAUGCAUCAGCAACCCUUUGACUUUAGGUGCAAUUCAUCACACAAUUCAAAUAGGAAUCAUCACCAACCCUCUUCAUCCUCAUCUCCUCCUGUAAAUAGUUCAAUGAAAAGUGAUCUUCCAGGUUCAUCAUCUCUCGGUGUCAAUAAUUUAUCUUCAUCUUCAUCAACCGGAAAUACUUUAUCAUGUAAAACUGAUGAAAUUGUUAAAAGUCUCCACAAUAGCCUCUCACUUGUUUCGCCGAAAGACAACAACAUGGCUUCGAGUUUAGGACUCGCUGGUUUAGCUGAUUCGUUUAAAUUAUCAACCUCAUCUUCGUCUAAUCAUCAUCACCAUAAUCACCAUCAUCAUCAUCAUCAUCAUCAUCGUUCUUCAUCUUCUCCUCAUGGCAAUCAUUCUCAUCAUCAUUCUCAUCAUCACCAUUCUUCUUCAAGAGGAUUAACGUCUUCAUCAUCAACUGGACUUCGAAGACCUCGAUCAACAGGUAACUCGGAGUCGAGUUUGACCGAUGGUGAAGGUCCAGGUUCUGAUGGUGAAACUGAUACAAAUACGAGUGAAAGUGUAAUCAAUUUAUCCGCUGGUUCUUAUGAUAUGUCUUUAUCUUCAUCGUCUUUAUCUAAAUCAUCAUCUCGUCAUCAUCGUAAAUCCAAUAAUCCGAUGCGAAUGAAACGAUUAAAUCCUGUUGUCCUCAGUCAAAUGACCACAAAUCCAUCGACGGGUAAAAAGCGAGUCCCAUGUAAUGUUUGCAGGAAAACCUUUUGUGAUAAAGGAGCACUUAAAAUUCAUUAUUCAGCCGUUCACUUGAAGGAAAUGCACCAAUGUACAGUUUCCGGUUGUACAAUGACCUUUUCAUCGAGACGAAGUCGCAAUCGACACUCAGCUAAUCCAAAUCCUAAGCUUCAUACACCAAAUUUAAGACGAAAAAUGAAUCCACAUGAUGGACGAUCAGCUCAACCAUAUCAAAUGAUGGCAGGAGGAUUAACACCAGAUUAUGGUUCACCUUCGGGUAGUGUGAUGACCUCCGGUGGAUUAUUGGGUGGAGUAAGUGGUGUUAAUCCAUCGGGAAGGAAUAUUUUAUCUUCUUCCGGCGGAAUUCUCGGAACAGGAAGUUCCUCUAAUCAUUCCGUGGCAUCUCUUGUCCCCUCUUCAUCCCAUUUACAGGGAAUUCAUCCCCAUGUCUCUUUAUCCAAUUCGAUUCACGGUUUUACUUCAGCUCUUUAUGAUUCGGAAAGGGGUAAUCCCGAAUCAAGUCAACUAACCUCAUCAUCGUCAAUUUACACCGGCGAUGGUAAAGAUGGACAUUCAAGGGACAUGUCACCCUCCUCAUCUCGAGACGGACAUUCACCUACAGAGAUGAUGAUGAUGAUGACCACCACAUCGACGACUCUUGCGAGCUCAUCAACAACACCAACCGCAACCACCUCUCUACCAACAUCGACAACUAAAGGAUUAUCAUCAUCGUCAUCGGCUUCAUCCUCUUCGACUAAAACAUUAACUCGUGAAGGUGAAAUGUCUUCCGCUCUCUCACUGACCAAUAAAAAGAUGAGAAGAGAAGAUGAAGAGAUGAUCUCUUGUGAUGAAAACAGUAAUGAACCAGAGGAAGGAAUUAAUCUUAGUGUUCGUCACGAUUCAACUCGAUUAAACAACGGUUCAAAUAGAGAUAAUAAUUCAAUCACAUCUCGUUUAACAGCUAAUAAUUUAUCCGCAUCCGGAUUCAAUAGUAACAAUGUAAUCAACAACAUCGAUACAUCAACUAACAAAAGGAAACGUAAAAGUUUGAAUCCAAUUAGAUGUGAACCAUCAUUAAUUGAAGGAGCUUCAGAUGAAGAUGAUGACGAUGAGGAUAAUGAAGAUAAUGAGUUAGGAGAUUCUUGUGAUGAUUCGUCCAGUGGAACUUAUAUUGGGAGAAUGGAUGAUAAUGAUAUUGUAGAUGAUGAGGAUUCCAAAUCUGAAGAUGAACCAGAAGAUGAUGGAGAUGAAGGUGAUGAUGAUGAUUCGUUAGACGGUUCGUUACCUUCAUCAGUUAGACGUCGAAAAUCAAAUCGAUCUAGAAAAUUAGUCAAUGAAGAAAGUAAAAGACGAAUUGAGAGACAACAGUCGCAACAACGACAAGAAUCUGAAUUAGAUCAGCAAGUUAAUGAUAAUGAUGAUGCGAUGGGCGAUGAUUUUGAAGAUGAGGAUGAAAUUCGUGAAGAUCAAGAUUCUUUUGGAACUAUGGAUUUAUCCAAGAAAAGUAACUAUCAAUCAGAAUUAAUUUCAUCUCGAUCACGAAAACCUCUUUCUGGGGCUGAUAAUAGCGGGAAGGAAUCAACUAGUGAUCUUAAUAGUGGACGCAACCGGUCAUCAUCUUCCGCCAAUUUAACUGUUGAUGGACACGAGAAGGAAAAUUGUGGCUUACCAAAGUUACCUUUUCUUGCGACUGGAUUACCCACUGGAUUAACUUUAGAUGCUAAUCUUUUCCGAGAUAAUGCCGAGAAUAAUCCACUUCGACAUCUUGAAAGUCUCUCGAUGGGCUCAUUUUCGGGCUUAACUGGAUCGAAUGCUUCGAUUAAUCAUUCUCUUCAUUCAAAUCUUUUCCCUGGUUCGCCUGCACUUUCAUUUCAUGCUCCUGGACUUGGAUUAGGUCGACCCGAAGUACCAAGUGAAGAGAGAAUUAGAACUAAGGAAAUAACUAAAGAAUCUGGUAAAUCGAAUAAAGAACGAAAUCGUUUAGAAGAAUCCGAACAAUCUUCUGGUCAUCAUAGAUCUUCCAAACAUUCAUCUUCCUCUUCUUCAUCCACGACUUCAUCUUUACACCAACCUCAUCACUCUUUAUCCAGCAACAUGAGCAACGGAGGCCACGGAUCAAUUCAAAACAUUUCUCUUCAUGAACCUAAACAUGAACGAUCAUCAAAUGAAUCAGAAAACAAUUCUAAUAAUCAUCAGCAAUCAUCUCAAUAUCAAAAUUCAACCGGAUCAUCAACGUCAUUAGCUAAUAAUCACUUUACAAGUCCAGUUCAUCCAUCGACUUUACCUGGAUUGACAACACCCAUUUAUCGUGAUGCAUCGUUAGUUGGACCAAUUGAGAUUCCCGUUGACAAAGAUAACCCUCGAAGGUGCGUUACCUGUGGGAAAACAUUUCAAAAUCACUUUGGCGUUAAAACGCACUAUCAAAAUGUUCACCUUAAAGUGAUGCACAAAUGUAACGUGGAGGGCUGUAAUGCCGCUUUCCCGUCGAAACGAUCUCGAGAUCGGCAUUCAGCUAACAUGAAUCUUCAUCGUAAAUUAUUAUCAACUCAUUCUGACAAAGGAAUUCCUUUCGGCCUUGACAAGGCCGCAGCCGUUGCGGCAGCGGCUGCAGCGGGCGGGGCUAAUGUUUUAUUCCCAUAUUCUGGUGCCAAUGUGAUGAGAGAUGAUCUUUUAUCGCGAUUUUAUGAUUCACCGUCGUUUAAUUUAACCGACCUUUACUCGAGUCGAAUUCCUCAAGAUCUUUUAGCUGCAAUGACAGCCCAGUUUUCGAUGCCAUUUCCUAAUUUCCCUCAUACUCCGUUCACGAUGCCAACUCGUCUUCCUGGCUCAGGAUCAGCCGAUAUGCAAGGUUCAAUGAGAGAUGAUUUGUCACCACAAUCAUCGAGCGGUGGAAGAUUAUCAAACAAUAACGAUACCAACAUCGGUUUGACGGUAACAACGGCAACCGGAUUGACCUCAACAACAACGAAAAGUACAACCUCAAGUCCAUCAUCACCACCGAAUCGUGAUUACUCAUCACCUUCAUCUUCCUCUCAUCUUCAUCCAUCAGACCAUUCAAAUCGUCGAUCAGUUUCACCAGUACCAACCAACCAUAGCUCUUCAAGAGGUAAUCAUCAACAUGAUCGCCAUUAUCGUCACAAUCAACAUGAAAGAAGGUCAAUUAGCCCUGGAGGGUCAAGUCCACAUAGUAAUCGAGCUUCACCAGAACCCAAUGGUCACCAUUAUCAAUCUCGUCAUUUGUCAAAUCAUCAUUAUCAUCAACACCAUCAUUCAUCAUCUCAUCAUGAACGAUCAACUGAAUCGGGCACUUUGGGCAAUAGCAACAAUAACAAUAUCGAUAAUAAUAAGAUUAUAAAUUGUAAUAAUAAUAAUGUUGAUAAAGCAAAUAACUUUGGCCUAUUGGCGCGAAUCGGUGUUUCCACCCUCUCUUUUGAAUUAGCAAUCCCAGCGGACGCUGAUGGUAAUUUAAUCUGUAUCUUUUGUAAAUCAUUGUCGUUCAGUGAGAGAUCACGAUUGAAGGAUCAUUAUGAUUCGAGCCAUUUCGAGGAGCUCACUCAAUUAUCUCGAGAACCUUUCAACAAAUUGUUAUCUCCAUCAUUAACUGUCUCAUCACCAACACCUCCACCUUCAUCCUCCUUUGGACUACCACCACCGCCGCCCUCAUCAUUGUCCCACCCGAAAUCAGGGCGAUCACCGUCAGUCUCCUCAUCGCCGGGACUGUCGCCUGGAGCGGGCUCAACGCCGACGAUUCCCUUUUCACUUUCACCUCCAAUUUCAUCACACACUAAACGAUCCUCAUCACAUUCACCACCUCCACUCUCACUCACCACCACAAGCAACUCGCACCAUUCCCGCCGGGAAUUAUCACCAAUAUCCUGUUCCAAGAGUCACCAGGAUGCUUGAGUCUUUUUAGUGCUUUGAAAAUCUGUAAUCAACCAACAAUCAACGUCCAAGUUAAAUGAUUGAUAAAAUAAACAAUAAACCAAAUUUAGCUAAACCAUUAAAAUCCAAGAGCCAAUUGAAUAAAAACAUUGACGUCAAACAACAAUUAAGCAAAAAGAAAACAAAUCAUGAGAAGAUGAUUAAUUAAUUAUGUUCAAGCUGCCAAUUAAAAAACAAAUAAUUCGAAUCUCAUCAACAAUUUAAUGAACAAAAUCAUAAUCAUCAACAUUCAUCAUUUCAUCAUCAAACCAAUUCAUCUUCAUCCUCUCACCAUAAUUCAUUAUUAUUAUUAUCAUUAUCGUCAUCGUCAUAAUUAACUAUUAACUAAUUACUACAAUGAUCAUUGUCUUUUCCUCUUCGUCUUCAAUUAACUUUCGCUUUUGCCAUGAAACGUUUUUUUUUGUUCGCAAUCGAACUAAUUUUCAACUUCGAUUGGAUUGAUUGACCUGAUCUUUGAAAUGGUUUUCCCUUUUUCCCUUGAUUAAUUAUCAUUGACCUCGAAAGUUUUGUUCAAUUAAAUUAAAUUGGAAACAAAAUAACAAUUAAAAAUGACCCGAAGUAACAAAUUGCACAAUUAGAUACUAUAAAUAUUAUUACUAAUUGAAAUAAGUUGAUUAUGUAUUAGUCGGUAAUAGUAAAUCAUUUACAACAAUUCUGAUUAACAAUCUGAUGAACAACAAAUUAAAAGCGUUGGUUAAACAUAAUCUGUUUUUUUUGAUUGUCAACAAUCAAAAAUUUGUAAAAUAUUAUAUAUUAAAUAUUUGCAUGUAAACUUAA